AAUUGAAGAGAGCAGAGAGUCAGAGACCUAUUUUGACAGGAAAUCUUUUACCCAAAAAUGCACAUAAUGAACAAAAUCUUGUCUUUGAUCUUCAUAAUAGAUUCUCGAAAAUCGAGAUGAUAAAAUUGAGUAUCAACAUUUUCUACAGUAGAACGAACAGAACCCCAUUUAUUUCUUCUCUUCUUUUUCUCUUCAAACCCAUAAACCGUCUUCUACUUCUACACAAGUCGCAAGCUUCAGUUUACAUUGAGGAUGGAAACAGACGUUGGAGAUUGGCCAAUAAGACAAAGAAGCAAUCGAAGUGGUUAUUGUGAACGCGACCAACAAAAGUGUUUAAAGAUCAUAGAGCCUAAUGAUCAUGUGUGGUCUACAAGUUUUGGUUCUAGGUUCAAGCAACAAGUGGAUGAUGAUAAUACUGAAUACCCUAGAACAUUUCACACUAAACAUUCUAUUACAUGGAUAAGAUCAGUGAAUGCAAGGCCAAGGGAGAGUUACAUUGAAGAUUACUUGGAAAAGGAUGUAAAUCUCGGUCAACCAGUUUCACGGUCAGAUUUUCAUCAGAGAAGAGGACAUCCUAAUGAUCCACCUUGUAGUAGCUAUCACCGGACAGAGGAUGUGGUUCCUGAUCAACCAUUUUCACGAUCAGUUUUUUCUGAAAGAAGAAGCAAAUAUUCUGAUGUUCUGUCAUACGAUUACCCGGAUGAGGAUGUGGUUCCGGCUCAACCCUUUUCACGACCUGAAAGAAGGAAUAGAUAUUCUGAUUGUCCAUCUUAUGAUCACUUAACAGAUCCUGUUCCGGUUCAACAAUUUUUACGAUCAAAAUUUCCUGAAAGAAGGAGCAGAUAUUCUGAUAGUCCUUAUGGUAAUUAUAGCCCAACAAAGGAUAUGGUUCCGGCUCAACUAUUUUCACGAUCAGACUCUCCUGAAAGGAGCAGAUAUACUUACCGUCCAGCUUAUGGUCGCCAAACAGAGGAUACGGUUCCGGAUCAACCAUUGUCGCGAUCAAAUUUCCGUGAAAGAAGAAGAUAUUCUAAUAAUAGCCCACCUCGUAGUAGACUUCGACGAGACUCAUCAACAUAUGAAGACUAUAAUGAUGAAGCAAGACCGAAUUUCAAGAGAAAGCGUCACGAGUAUCGUGCAAAACGUUGGGAGGACACAGAAGAACAUAACCGGCAUGGUCUUAAUAGAUCACCAAACAGGCAAAGUAUCGCUGCUUCAAGGAGAUCUUUCAAGUCAAUGACAAAUUUUAGAAAGUUUGAUGAUCAACCUAGAAAACAAGUUAGACAUACUAUAAGUAGUAAGUCGGAGGUACCUUCUUAUCGUUCGAAAGGAUUUGCUCCUGCACCUGUUUCCAACUCUGCAAAGGUGUUUGAGACGAAAUGCUCGAAAGGCAACGGAGAAGUUGAUUCUGCUAUUAAAUCUUCCAAAGAUAAUGCAGAAGCUAAGUUGAAGGUUAAAACAGAAUCAUCAAAAGAUAUUGCAGGAACCAUCCUUGCUAAGAAGCUUGUAAGAAAAUCGCCCAACAACGAUAAUGCAGAAGCUAAUCUUGGAAAGAAGCUUGCAACAAAAUCAUCCAAAGAAAAUGCAGAUGCUAAUCUUGGAAAGAAGAUUGCAACAAAGUUAUCCCAAGAAAAUGCAGAAGCUAAUGUUACAGAAAAGCUUGCAACAGAAUCGCUCAAUGAUGAUAAUGCAGAAGCUAGCAUCAGUAAGCUUGCAACAAAAUCAUCCGAAGAAAAAGAAGAAGCUAUCCUUGAAAAGAAGCUUGCAACAAAAUCGUCCCAUGAAAAUGCAGAAGCCAACUUUACAAAGAAGUUGGAAACCAAAUCAUGCAAAGAUAGUGAAGAAGCUAGCUUUACAAAGAGGCUAGAAACAAAGUCUUCAGAAUCAGAUCAUAAAGAAGUUGAACCCGAAAACCAGGAUGGUGUACAACAUGGAUCAUUGUUAUCAGAUCAUAAAGAAGUUAAACGGGAAAAAAAGGAUGGUGUUCAACAUGGAUCAUCGACGUUAUCAGAUCGUAAAGAAGUUAAACUCGAAAAACAGGAUGGUGUACAACAUGGAUCAUCGUCAUCAAAUCAUAAAGAUUCCGGAAUGACGAAAUUGAAGACCAAGAUUUCUUCUGAGAAAGAUGCUUCUGUCUGUCCUGUUAGACUUGCUAAAGAUUGUAAACUUAUUUGUUUUGCAAAAUGCACGAAUCCACUGAUUCCUCCCAUUCAGCCAUCUUCUUCUUGGAAUGUGGAUAUAGUUAAGAGUAGUUCCAUAAAAGGUCUUCAUGAGUUGCCACGGUUUCCACUUUUUCCAUUUUUCAAGGCAUCGAAUGAGAGAUCUGAAUCGUACCAGAAAAGUGAAUGGAUAAAAUUUUUGACUUUUCUGUACAAGAAUGAUAAAGUUGCAACUGUGGAACUUCCGAACCUGAAGGUUCAUGUACACCCCCCUAAACGCGACUAUAGCGUAACAGACGGUGGCUUGUAUUUUACCCAUGCUGUGGCAGCUUAUGAGUUGCGGGAAGUAUGUGACACCUCUGUUGACCAAAGACAUGCAGCAUCAGAUGCAUAUGUGAAGGGAAGUAGUUCAGCUGAAAAGGGGCCUUGUUCCUCUAUCUCCAAGUGUAAUGAGGCAGUCCAUAGUCGUCAGCCCUUUUCCGUGAAGGAAGAUGUUUCCACAGAAAGGACUUUUGUUCGUACAGACCCAAGUUAUUUGAAAACUCUUGGUCAGGCUCAUUCUGGCUGGAUCUUUGGUGCAAUUGCGGAGCUUGUUGAUAAUUCGAGGGAUGCAAGGGCAUCAAGGCUAGAGGUUGCUAUUGAGACUAUAUUUGAUAAGGCUGUGGGCUCUGAGAUUCCUAUGCUUUCUAUAAUUGAUGAUGGUGUUGGAAUGAACCACCAAGAUAUAUUGAGGAUGAUUUCAUUUGGGCACAAAGUACCAGAUGAUGAUAAUCAAGACCGUGUUGGGAGAUUUGGUGUUGGCUUUAAGACAGGUUCAAUGAGACUGGGGAGAGAUGCUCUAGUCUUAACACAGACAACCCAUUCUCGUUCUGUUGCUUUUCUUUCGCAAUCGUUGAAUGAGGGGAAAGACAAUGUGGAGAUACCUGUUGUCAGCUACUGUCGGCAAGCUCAGUGCAUGGACGUUGAUACAAGUGUACAGUCUGAAGCAUUAGCACAGCACAACUUGAAUGCGAUGAAGGAGUUCUCACCAUUUAAUGAGUAUCUAAUUGGGGAAAAAGCUGGCCUGUUUGGAGGAAAUACAGGAACACAGAUCUAUAUAUGGAAUCUUGAUAAAUGGGGAUCAGAUUAUACAUUGGAAUGGCAAGCAGGCAUGCGUGGUGGGAGCUCAUUUCACCAGGGUGACAUAUUUAUUCGUUCUAGACGUGUCAGAACUCGUCCUGGACAGACAAGUCGAAAGGUUCUUAUAGAUUAUUCACUUCGUUCUUAUUUGGAAGUCAUAUUUUUAGAGCCUAGAAUGAAGAUAUAUGUUCAAGGCUCAUUGGUUAAAAGUCGGCCCUUGUCCAAAUCUCUAAAUAGUACCACUUUGAUAAAUGGAGAAAUAAUGGGCAAACAAGUUCAGCUAACUCUUGGUCGCUGUCAGAUAGAGUGGGAUGAGGCAAACAGUGGAAUAUUCUUAUACUGGCAUGGCCGUCUAAUAGAGGCAUACAAGAGAGUCGGUGGCAUGAUUCACAGUGCUGAUAUGGGUCGAGGUGUAAUUGGUGUUAUCGAUGUAACUAAACUGAUGGAUGAUGGGAAUGGUGGAGUUUGGGUUCAUAGCAACAAACAAGCAUUCCAAGAUUGUGAACCAUAUGCUUUGCUUGAAGAAUGGUUGGGAAAGAAGGCAGAUGAAUACUGGGAUGCGUAUUUUGAUCCAGUACAGCUGAAAAAGGGCAAUGCUCGAUACAAACCUGAUAACGAAUGGGUGCAGUGUGACAAGUGUAGGAAGUGGAGAUUGUUAACUGGUAGCUCCGGCAGCAAGAAUCUACCUAAAGACUGGUUCUGUUACAUGGAACCUUUCAACGGAAGAUGUGAAAGUCCUGAAGUAAAGCCUGAUCGUGGAGUUAUCACAGUGGGGCUGAAGAGGUCAUCAGGUCAUGAUCCUAGCAUACCUGCGGACUGUGAAGGCAUACAGAUUGAUGAAAGCAGCAAACUUAUGGCCGAAGGAAAGGGUCAAGACAAGUCAAUCCAACCAGCGACAGAUGAUGAAGAGAUUAUUGCCUUUAAAAGGCGUAGAAGAAGUGCUCGAACCGGUAGGAAGUAUAUACAGGAUUAAUGAGUUUUAGCUGAUUUUUGAACUAGUUGGUAGGUAAGAAGGGUGAUAUGUUAGUACUUGCCAUUUUGGGCCUUUUGGCUUGUAUAUACCGAAUGGUGCAUUGCAAAUGUUUUGUACAGCAGGACCAACGUACAGAUUUACGGGUAUAUUCGAAUCAGGUGAACAAAUGUAAAGUUCAUUUAGUUUAAUUGAUUUUUUUGACUAAGCUUCUCAGUGAAUGGAGGUGUAAAAAGUAGUCAAGACUCAAGACUAUUGUAUUGACUUUCUCAGCUGGUGCUAAAUUUUGUUUGUCUA